AUGCCCAUCGUAAGGUUUCCGAGCCACACAGACAUGAACUUCACCACCAUUGUUGUUCAGCAUGAUGUCGCUGGCUUGGAGGUUAGAACAAAGGAAGGAGAUUGGAUUAAUGUUGAGUGCAAACCCUCACAAGUACAGUUCGUAUUGUCCAAGUCAAAUAAUCCAUGCCCCAGUCUUGAAUCACAAAUUCCUCUGAGAAACAUGACCAAAAAUGUCCAAAACAGAACAGUUGUUUGGGUGGCCAACAGAGACACCCCACUUUCAAAUUCAUCAGGAGCUCUUUUGAUGACUAGUGAACAUGGAAACAUUGUCCUUCUUGAUCCAUCUGGAAAUGUCACUUGGUCCUCCAAUCACACCCAAGUUUUGAGACCAAAUGUCCUGCUUUUGGAUAUAGGCAAUCUUGUGAUCAAAGAAGGAACCGAAGACAGCCAAACAUUUUUCUGGCAGAGCUUUGAUUAUCCCACACACAUUCUGCUUCCGGAUAUGAAGCUUGGAUGGAAGUUGAGCACAGGUUUAAACAGGUACUUGACCUCGUGGAAAAGCACAGAGGACCCGUCAACAGGGGGCUUUUCUAUCAAACUAGAUCACCAUGGCUUCCCGGAGAUUUUCCUUCGGGACAAACAUGUUAAAAACUUUCGAACCGGCCCCUGGAAUGGGAUGAUAUUUAGUGGUGCCCCGGAAAUGUGUGCUUCGAAGCAUGGUGUCGAUUUCAACUUCGUUACGAAACAAGAUGAGGUCUAA